AUGCUGGAGCCCGGCGAGCUGCAGUUCCCCGGCGACGGCAUCCCCCACGAGCUCUCGCAGCUCCCCCGCCUGGCCCUGUCGGGCGACGAAGCCUCCGGAGAGGAGGACGAGAGCGGGGUCCCCGACAAGACUGGCUACCCGGACCCCGUGUACGUGAUGGCGGCGAACAUCUUCCAGGGCAUCCGGAUCGAAACGGCCCCCGAGAAGCUCCUGAUAAAGUACGGGAGCGAGCCCCUGCGGCCCUCGGCCGGCGAGCCCGAGGAUGAGUCCCUCCAGCAUCUGGCCUACGAGCUGGCCUUCAGCACCCUCAAGUAUCAAGGUAUUUUGGAAACUAUAUUAAUAGAUAGCAGCAUCUUCCCAAGUACUACAAUACCAGAUCAUUUGAGCAGUUUAAUUAUUGUGAUGCUGUAUGAUUUCCAAGAUAGAAAAUUUCAAGCUCGUCUCUUUACUGAUAACCAACAGUGCAUAGUGGAAGUUCAAGAAGUAGAGAACCUUCUUAACAGUUUUAAGACAAAAUUGGCGGCGGCAUUGGCAAGAUGUCGAAUCAAACAUGAUGCCCUUUCCAUUUACCACAUUCUUCCAGAAACAGUUAGGAACCAGGAGCGAAGGGCCUCCACUUUGCCACUUUAUGCUUGGAUAAAUGCUUUAAAAAUUAGACCUGAAGAAGUUUAUCAUAGUUUGAAGAAAAGAGGCUACACUAAAGUCAAUACUGUAUUGCAUACUGGUGGAAAAGUCUUUGCUGUGGACCAGCAUUGCUAUGAUGUCUUAAUUUUCCCAUCUCAUCUUAAAAGUGAUCUUCUAAAUAUAGAUCUCUUCAAAGAUUAUAAACUCAUAUUUCAGGACAAAUCUCGAAGUCUUGCUGUCCAUUCUGUAAAGGCUUUAUUAAAUGUGGAUGAUGAUAUCUUAAUGGUCAAUACAGGCUCAUGGUACACAGUUGCCCAUAUGUCAAACUUAAUAAGUAAUAACUCAAAAAUAUUUGUGUGUGGAGUACAAGCUCAAGCUAAGCAUCCUGAUCUGAAGAAACUCUUCACAAAAAUGGGAUGUAAAAAUAUUGAAAUACUUCCUGAGUCAUUUCUGAACAUUGAAUGGAAGGAUAAUAGAUUACAGAAAGUUAAAGUGAUUCUCCUGCUACCUCGUUGUUCAGGACUGGGUAUUAGUAAUCCAGUAGAAUUUAUUUUAAAUGAGCAUGAAGAUACAGAUUUACUUAAAGAUUUCUCUCAAGGAGGCACAUCAGCAGAAAAACUUCGUUUUCUUGCUCAACAGCAAUAUGAACAGCUAACACAUGCAAUGAAAUUUAUGAAAGCUCAAGCAGUUGUUUACUGCACAUGUUCAGUGUAUCCAGAAGAAAACGAAGUUGUUGUUAAAAAAGCACUGGAAUUUCAAGACCCUGGGAACAAAAUACAACCUUACAGGCUUAGCCCUCCUGUCCUUCCACUGUGUACCCGAAAGGAAGUACAUUUGUCUGCUGAUAAAUUCUUCAGAAUGGAGCCAUCUGAAAUUACCAAUGGUUGUUUUCUUUCUGUCCUAACAAGGGAGCGGGACCCGUCGGAGACGGUGUCUGUGAAAGAUGUUUUGGCCCGCGCUGCAGCGAAGGGUCUCCUGGAGGGAAUUGAGUUGGGUAAAUCUUCAAAACGGGAAAAGAAGAAAAAAUCAAAAACAGCAUUGCCCAAAGCUCCCACAACUGACAGUAAAGGCAUUCAAACGAAAAUUGCCGAGUUCCUGAACCGAGAAACUAAUGCAAAUGCUAAGCGGCCACUACAGCCAACUACAACAAAAAUAUCUCCUCUACCAAAAAGUACAAUUCCAGUGGCUUCUUCCUUACAGGUCAGAAAACCCACCAAGCCUGCCGCCAAUCCCUUGGUGCCUGCAUUUAUGAAGAACCCAUCUCUCCCCAGACCCUACGAACGUCCCUCAAACCUCGUAAGACCUCGCCCGGAAGACAAGAUGGUUGUACUGAAACCCGUAGAGAUUGUUUUGCCUCCAGUGAUGUUCCCAUCAUCGCCUCCCCCAGGAAUCAGACCUCAUAUACCAACUCAACAUUUUUACUAUGGUUGGUUUGCUCCCAAAACUACUAUGCCCUGCUACCAUUCCACACCAUUGGUACCCAGAAAAGCGGAAAAGCCUAAAAGAAACUUACCUUCUUCUCUACUGAGACAUCGUCGACCGUGGCUUUGA